UAAAUGCAGUUUCCAAGAUGGAAUCCUUUGACAGUUCUUCGAGAUUUUUUCAUGAUAAUAAACAUAAUUCUCUGAUAUUCAGCCUUUUAAAUAAACAAAGAUCAGUUCAAAAACUGUGCGAUGUUAUAAUUCAAAUAUUCGACUUUCAAUUUUACGCACACGCUUGCGUUUUGGCGUCUGCCAGUCCCUAUUUUAAUAAAUUAUUUUGCGAUGCAGACAUUCCUAGAGAAUAUUGUGAGAAAAGUCCACAGCUUAUUGAGAUUCACAUUGACACAGAGGUCUCCGGGUACCAUGCAUACUCCACGGCUAUUGAGAAAAUUAUAGACUUUAUGUAUACAAGUUCCAUCAGUCUUGAGGACAACAUAGUGACAGAAAUUGCUGAAGUGGCAAAGAUAAUGCAGCUAACCAGCAUCAUCGGUUUCUGUAAUCUGUACCAGCAAGGCUUUAUUGUGACACACAGCGAAUCACUUGAUGUGUCAACUCAAACAUGUGAUCAGGCUACUGACAUACCUCUCAUCAAGUCUUGCAAGAAAAGAGGCAGGCCCAGGAAACAGCCUGUAGAAAAUGUUGACGAGACUUCUAAUAAUGGCGGAAAUAGUGAAAAAGAAAAUGUAAAUGAUGGUGAGACUAGUGUCAAAGAAGUCCCUAGAAUAGCGACUGAUGAAGUUGUGGAGGAUACUCCUGUAAGAGUGAGUAAAAGAGGACGAUUGAUAAAACCUAGAAAAUUCGAGGAUGAAGUUAUAGAUUGGAUAAAGGUAGAAAAGGACAUGUCAGAUAAUGAAAACGAAACAACUGAAUGUUUCAAUGAUGGCAAGGAAAUGGAUACAAAUGAUCCAAUUUAUGAGCUUCAUAGUGCAGUUUUUAAGGAUGCUAAAAAUCUCAAAUACAUUUGUGAGCAUUGCGGUUACACCGCUAAUAAACUCUCUGAAUUUAACGAGCAUGAACUGGAGCACAUGGUCAUCGAAGGUGUUUGCUUGCAUUGUUACUGGAAGUGUCCAGAGACUGAUCAACAUAAAACAAGCUUGGAACACUUGAUUGAGCAUGUCCAAACUCAUAACACUUCUACAGAAUUUGUGUGCAACUUUUGUUCCUCUAAAUUUGACUCCAAAGCAAAGUUAUAUCAGCAUCUUCCAAAGCAUUCUCAGAAUCGACCGUUUGUGUGUAGCUUGUGUAAAGCCAGUUUCAAAUGGAAGCAUGCUCUGAAGACCCAUUUGGCUGUACACAAAUCCACCAAAGACUACAUCUGUAACCUCUGUGGCUAUGCUACUGUGCAUAAGGUCCAGCUAAAGGAACACUUUCUCCUGCAUACUGGAGACAUGUUCAAGUGCUCAGAACCAGGAUGUGAUUACCAAACAACCAAAAAGAGCAACCUGAAAUUCCACACGAUGGUACAUACGAAGGAGAAACCCCAUGUGUGUGGCUCAUGUGGGGUAAGAUUUUCACUGGAAAAGAACCUUAAACGUCACAUGCUAUUGCACAAUUCCACAAGGCCGUUUCAGUGUACUUUGUGUGCAUUUAAUAGCACACGCUUUGAUAAACUCAAAGAACACUACUAUAAAACACAUGAUAUUGGACAGAAGCCAGCCAAAAAGCUUCGAUUAACGGAUUACUUGAAAAAUUCAGGUGUACAACUGGAAGACCAUAUUGUGGACGAGGAACCUGCCGUUCAAAUGGAAAUGUUGGAGCUACAAGUGCCAGAAUGUGAAGAAGGCACCACUCAAAUCAUGAAUGUGACUUCCUCUACAGGGGAAACUGUUCCCAUUGCUAUAACUAACAAUGGCACAGAAAUUUCAUAUACGAUACAACAUUUCCCCCUUCAGAUUGUUUCUCAGGAAAUUGUUUCUCAGUAAAUUGUUACUGAAUAAAAUACUCAAAAAGUUAAACACCAGUUGUUUAACUUUUAAAUGAAUGCUAC